AUGGUUCUUUCGAACAAGAAGCUAAAGCAAAAGCUGAGAACCGCUAAAGCAGAACAAUUAGCAGAAUCAGAGUCACAAAACAACUCCAAGAAUACCAAGCACCCAAACACAGAAUACCCAAAUUCAGAGACCCAACAAUCACUCAAGUCUCUUCUAGAUUCAGCAACCCAGAAACCCAGAUUGUCCAAGAGAGAGAAGCGUAGAGAAAAAUCAUCUUCUUUGCCAGAAGGCGCAGAGGUGGUGAGUAGAAGUAAUACAAAGAAAGAGGAGGAAGGUGGGUCAGAGGGUGUGAAUGAGCAGAAGAAGAAGAAGAAGAAGAGGAAGAGAGAUGAGGAUUUGGAUAGUGGUGAUCCAGAGAAUGCAGAGGUGAAGGCCCAAAAGGCGAAGAAGAAAAAGAAAAAGAAAAAGAAAAAGAAGGGAAAGAAGAAGGCGGUAGAUGAGGAAACGAAGAAAGCUGUGGAGAGUGCUAAUGGUGGAAGUGGAGAAAUUGUUGGGGAAGAGACGGUUAAGAGCAGUGAUAGUCAGGAGAAUGUGGACGUUUCAACAAAAGUUUAUGUCGGAGGCAUUCCAUACUAUUCAACUGAGGAUGAUAUUCGAAGUUACUUUGAAAGUUGUGGGACAAUUACUGAAGUUGAUUGUAUGUACUUCCCUGAGAGUGGGAAGUUCAGAGGGAUUGCCAUCAUCAAUUUCAAGACUGAAGCAGCAGCUAAAAGAGCUUUGGCCUUUGAUGGAGCUGACAUGGGUGGACUGUUCCUGAAAAUCCAGCCCUACAAGUCAACUAGAACUAGCAAGGUAUCUGAUUUCAACCCGGCAAUUGUGGAAGGCUACAAUAGGAUAUAUGUUGGAAAUUUGUCAUGGGAUAUAACUGAGGAAGACCUGAGGAAACUUUUCUCGGAUUUUAGUAUAUCUUCAGUUCGAUUUGGUGAAGACAAGGAAACAAAGGAAUUCAAAGGUUAUGCCCAUGUGGAUUUUUCUGAUAAUCUUUCUCUAACAAGGGCACUGAAGUUGGAUCAAAAGAUUGUUUGUGCGAGACCUGUGAGAAUAAGAUGUGCAGUUCCAAAGAAAGGAGCAGACACCAAUUCAAAAUCUAUGCAAGCAAGUAAAGAAAUUGAGGCUGUCGAAACAAGUUCAGUCAGUGGGAAAAUAAGGAGGAGGACAUGCUAUGAAUGUGGUGAAAAGGGUCAUCUUGCAUCCUCUUGUCCAAAGAAACAAGCUGCUGAUCUGGUGAACUCUGCCACAAGUUAGUCAUGAAAAAAGUCCGUGGUUUAGAUAUAUAAAAGGUGAAACAAUUAUUCUUUUUUCGAAUAGAUUGCUCAAGGAAUUGGAACAGGCACACUGCCAUAUGCUGGAGCUGUUAUGCUCUCAUUUUCUCGAGCGACAACUUGAUUUUGCAAAUGGGCAUUUAUUUAUCUCUUCUGAAAUCUCUAGUAUAGUUCAUUGUGUUUUUGGUUCCAUAAUUCUCAGAGAAGCUUCCAGUCAGAAAGGUUCGGUUAAAUUGUGGUAGGACAGGUUAUGUUGGCGUUGGAAAACUACACACUGCUUUUUGACCAAAUUUUCUUUUUUCUUGCUUAAACAUUUUUACAAGCUUGUCUAGGUUUCUAACUCUAGAUCUUUGCCAACCUUCUGAG